AUGUGCGCGUGUAUACGUGCACGAGUGUGUGUGUGUGUGUUUGUAUAAAACCUCUGCAAAAGGGCGCUGAGACACAUAGCGCGCGCAGUGAACGUUUCUGUAGGCGUCUCGUUUUCUUCCCUCAAAGCUUAUUUGCAAACGAAACACAAAAAAGUUUGAAACUUUUCCACAUCGGACAACCAUGAUGUUUCCUUGCAGUGCGCUACCGCCUGCUCUGUACCCGAGCUCACUGCAUCCCGCGGCGGCUCUCUCCUCGCCCGUGAACCGCUCAUUCCACUCCGGCUUCCUGGUGGAAAACCUCCUCCAAUUGAGCCAGCCGGUCAGCUACAUACACAGGACUUUCUCUUCAAGAUGUCCCGAUAACAUACUCCCACUCAGCGUGGAUCCGUGCGUCCCGUCCCGGGCAUUCGAUUCCAGCACAGAGCGCUCGGUGCGCCAGAACUCUAGCCAGCCAAGCCGCAGUAGCCCCCGCUCUCCGCACACUGCCUGCCCGGACUCCAGCUACCUCAAGUUCGGCGUCAGUGCGAUCCUGGCACCGUCCUCUGGGAGCGUCCAGAGUGUGCAGACCAAGUCCUUCCCUCUUCCUUUCUUUGAUGGGGUUUUUCAUCCUUUCAUCAGAGCUUCCUGUUUCACAGCUUUGUCCUCUGUGGUUCCUGUCCCGGGAACAUUUUCAUGGCCGUCAGCCCCCAAAGGGAAGCCCAGGAGGGGCAUGCUGAGGCGGGCUGUGUUCUCAGACCUCCAGAGGAAGGCCCUGGAGAGAACUUUCCAGAGGCAGAAAUACAUCAGCAAACCGGACCGGAAGAAACUGGCCAGUAAGUUGGGACUUAAAGAUUCCCAGGUGAAGAUCUGGUUUCAGAACCGUAGGAUGAAAUGGAGGAAUUCCAAAGAGAGGGAGCUACUUUCAACAGGUGGUUGUCGACAGCAGACCCUCCCCACCAAAACCAAUCCCCAUCCAGACCUCACUGAUGUAAGCAGCACCCACUGCCAAAGGCUAGAGAGCCAUGAGUCACGUCUUCCCCAGCACCUGACAUCUCUGUCCAGCAAACUGUCGGAACUAUCAGAGUCAGACAGCGAAGAGAUCACUGUGUCAUAGGACUCAGACAUCUGGUCAAACUCUUUUCUUUUGAAGCAACAGCAGCUUCCUCCGAAAAUAUCACGACAGCUGCAAAGGUUAACUCGACAAAAACUGAAUGGAGGCAAAUACCACAAGUGCUUGAAUCUGCUCUGUACAUAGUUAUAUUAAUUCUGUCUUUUACCCUCUGAUCCAUAUGCCUGUACAGUGAUGUUUAUACGACUCGCCUAUGUAGUUCAGUGUAUCAUACAGUAAAUAAAAAAGUUAUUUUAGGUAGUUGGAGCUUGAAAUGUCUAAAACUCUUGAAAAUACAAAGUGCUCUUUUCAUACAUAUUUCUAU